AUGAACGGUAAGUCAAAACCAUUUAAUUCUUAAGAAAAUUAAAUUUUAGACAAUAUUUCUGUUACCUUAUUAUCAAAAGUUGUUCAUUUCCCCACAAAAUCCACGUCAAUCGAUCAAUAAACUUAGCAAAUCACUUUUUUUCAGAUCCUCGAAUUGCAGACGUUAUUGAUGACAUUUUGAAAACGAAUGACGGCCGAAAAUCGGACGUAGCCAGAGGGUUACUGUUCAAUGAUCAAGUGCCAUUUGUGGAAGAGGUCAUUAAUACGACUCAAGGCCCUACUCAUGAUUCAUAUCAAGUCAAAGUUGAGGCGGUUUAUGACAUUGAGCGGCCUGGAAAUAACUUUAAGGGACCUGUCACUAAUCAGUAAGUCAUUUUUGAAUGUUUCUAAUAUUGGCCUGUUUACAGUUUUAGUUAAGAAACAAUAAGUUAACCUUAGGUACAGUACUGUAGGGUAAGGUAUAGUAAUUUAGAACCCUUUAAAGCGACGUAUAGUAAGAAAAGGUGAGGUAAUAGAAGUAGGUUUGUAGGGUAGGGUAGGGUAGGGUAGGAUAAGUUAGGGUGGGAUAAAAUAGGGUAGGGUAGCGUCUUUACAUUUUAAAACCACUUUCUCUUUUUAGUAAGCUACUGUUCCACGGCACACCAAAGGAAAAUGUCUAUUACAUGCUUCGAGACGGUUUCAAGAAGGCUAUUUUGUCGGUAAGUAACUACAAAUCACGCUAUCAUAUCUAACCUUACACUACCUUUACAUAUUAUUCUAUUUUCAGGAAAAGUCCCCAUUUGGCAAAGGUUAUUACUUUACCACAUGUGCUUCGAAAGCUUUGAAUUUUACGAAUUCCAAAGCCAAAGAUGCUCCAGAACAAGCUGAUGAAGGUGAGAUUAGCCCACCAGAAGGUGUUCAGUACUUGUUCUUGACUGAAGUUGCACUUGGAAAAUCCAAGGAUAUGACAAAGCCGGAAAGGACUGUGUCAAAGUUCAUGCAAGAUGCUACGAGUGUGUACGGUAAAGGGAUUCAUCGACCGACCGAGAAAUUGUGAGUUGGUCCACAAAUUUAUAGAAUUUUAUUUUUUAGUCCAAAAGUUCACAGAAUUAAAAAUAUAACAAAAGUAAUCACAUUUUCUUUAGUGAAUACCCUGGAGAUGUCCCUAUUGAAGUAGGUAUGGAGCUUCGAAAAGAUGAAGCCACGUCCUCAUCUUUCCAGUACGAUGAGUACGUCGUCUUCAACGCAGAACAAUGUCGUCACAAAUAUCUGGUUAAAGUCACUGUUGUACCCAAGAAUAUCGCUUUGUAA